UUUUCUGUUUUGAUAGGAGUGUUUCCAUGAGAAGGAUUAUUUGAACGAUAAGUACCGUGCAAAGAGGUGUAUCCGGCGGGUUCGUACGACGUGUUAGCUUAGCUUUUAAAUUUCAACGUCUUUUUAUUCUAAUGCGAUAUCGGGGUGACUAACGGAGAUAAAUUAAAAAAAAAAAAUCCUUAAGCCCUAGAUUACAAAAACCUUCGUUCUCUUCUCUUGUACAUGGACCUCGCAGCUCUCAUGGAUUCAACAGAGUUUAAGGUCAGUGAACUAUUGAAGGAAGUUAAGGUUGAUUACUCACCUCACUUUUCUAAGUUCGUGGAUGACACCGUCUCCGCCAUUAAAUCAUCCAUCGAUACAAUACCCGAGGACUAUAAGGUAACUGCCAAAUUGGCACCUAGUUUUGUCAAAGACAUUGGUGCUGAUAAAGUGGAUUUCAAGUUUAAGAAACCAUCGUUUUUUAAUAUCGGUGGUAGUUACUCUACACAGUGUCUUGCUAGGCCUGAAUUAAAUGUGGAUCUUAUUAUAAGGUUACCAAAGGAGUGUUUCCAUGAGAAGGAUUAUUUGAACUAUAGGUACCAUGCAAAGAGGUGUCUUUAUCUCUGCUUGGUGAAAAAGUAUUUGGAGAAAUCUUCUUCUAUUAGUAGGGUUGAAUGGUCUACCCUGCAGAACGAAGUUCGAAAGCCUUUACUGAUUGUGUAUCCGGCUGCUAAGCUUGUUGACGUUGAUGGUUUUUUUGUGAGAAUUAUUCCAUCGGCUACAUCUAUCUUUAGCAUAUCAAAGUUAAACCUGAAGCGCAAUAACAUUCAUAAUUUGAAUAAUGGGAGUUCUGUUCAAGCUACACCUAAGUAUAAUUCUAGUAUUUUGGAAGACAUGUUUUUAGAGGAUACGGAAAUCAUCAGCAAAUUUUUUCUUGGAUGGAAGGAAUUAAGAGAAGCUUUAGUCCUACUUAAGGUAUGGGCUCGACAGAGAAGUUCUAUAUACGUUCAUGAUUGCCUGAAUGGAUUUUUGCUAUCCAUCAUACUGGCACAUCUUGCUUCUAGACAACAACUUAGCAAGUCAAUGAAGGCAAUUGAAAUAAUUCGCAUUACCUUCAACUUCAUUGCCUCUUCGGAGACGUGGAGCCGAGGUCUCUACUUUCCAAAGGAAGGCCAGGGAAAUAUUACUAAAGAGGAAAGGGUGCAACUAAAAGGGUCGUUUCCAGUUGUGAUAUGUCAUCCAUCAGGGGCGUUCAAUUUGGCUUUUCGAAUGUCUCGGAAUGGUUUUACUCAGCUUCAAGACGAAGCUGCUUUGACACUUAAAUGCAUGGAAAAGUGUAGAGAUGGUGGAUUUGAGGCAGUUUUUAUGACUAAGAUUGACUAUGCGGUUAAAUAUGAUUAUUGUAUGAGAAUAAACUUCAAGGGAAACAAGAACCUAUAUGCAUCUGGAUUUUGUUUGGAUGAUGAGUGUUGGAGAUUGUAUGAGGAGAAAAUACAUGUUAUUUUAGCUAAAGGAUUGAAUGAUAGAGCAAAAUUCAUUCGAGUUAUAUGGAGAAAUGCAGAAUGCCAGUGGAGCGUGAAUGAUGGCUUGUCAAUACUCGAUAAAGAGCCCUUGUUCAUAGGAGUUUCAGUCAGUAAUUUGGAGAAAGCAUUUAGGAUGGUCGAUAUUGGUCCAAAUGCUGAAAGCAAAGACGAGGCUCUUGAAUUUAGAAAGUUUUGGGGAGAAAAAGCAGAGCUUAGACGAUUUAAAGACAGUAGAAUUGCAGAAAGCACAGUAUGGGAAUGCCAGAAAUGGGAAAGGCAUCUGAUUUUGAAAAAAAUUGCCGAGCAUGUGCUUUGUCGGCAUCUUUCUUUCUCCAAGGAAAAUAUUGUAGUAGUUGUGGAUCAACUUGAUUUCUCUUUGGCACACGGUGCUGCAGAUCCUAUAUCACACUCUGGAAGUUUGAUUGAGGCAUUUGAUGUUCUAUCAAAGCGUUUGCGUCUUAUUGAAGACCUCCCUUUGAAGGUGUCUAGUGUACAGCCUUUAGACUCUGCAUUCAGGUUUACAUCAGUCUUCCCUCCUGAACCUCAUCUUCUAGCUAAUGAAAAAGUUGAAUCUCUCAGACUGAAUAAGUUGGUUCCAUCAUGCAUCCAACCACUAGACAUUAUGAUUCAGCUGGAAGGUUCUGGGAACUGGCCAAUGGAUGAAAUUGCAAUUGAAAAAGUAAAAUCUAGUUUCCUUAUUCAAAUUGGAGAAAGUCUUCAAAAGAAGUGGGGGAUGACAUGCACUGCUACUGAGGAUGAUGUGGAUGUGUUGAUGUCAGGAUAUGCAUUUCGUCUUAAAAUUUUGCAUGAGAGGGCCCUUAGUUUACUCCAAGAAAUUGGGAAUGAUCAACAAACUCGGGUACAUUCUGCAGACAAGAAACUUUUUAUUCGUAGUCAACAUGCUAGCAUGAUCAAUGGACUACAAAGUCGUUACCCAAUUUAUGGGCCAGUAGUUAGAUUAGCAAAACGUUGGGCUGCUUCACAUCUAUUUUCCGCUUGUUUGGUAGAGGAAGCCAUUGAGUUACUGGUUGCAUAUCUCUUUCUUAAUCCUUUGCCAUUUGAUGCUCCCUGCUCGCGGAUCACUGGGCUCUUAAGGUUUCUGCAGUUGCUCUCAAACUAUGAUUGGACUUUUUCUCCAUUGGUUGUUGACAUAAAUAAUGACUUGAGUCAAAGUGAUGCAAAAGAAAUAAAUGAUAACUUUUUGCUAAGAAGAAAAGUCGAGGGCGAGAAUGGACAAAAUAUUGGGCCAGUGAUGUUCUUGGCUACUGCUUAUGAUAAAGCAUCGGAGGCUUGGACUGGAUUAUCACCUAAUGCUCUGGAACUUAAAAGGUUAGCGGCUUAUGCCCGAAGCAGUGCAAAUUUGUUGAUGAAACUCGCAUUUCAGGAGGAGAUUGGUCCCUAUAGAUGGGAGUGCCUUUUACGAACGCCCUUAAACAAUUACGAUGCAAUCAUUGUUCUCCACAAGGAAAAUCUUGCAUAUCCUCAAAGGCUUCUCUUCUCAUCAGAAGUUGAUCACGGAACACAAGUUGCUAAAGGACAUGCUAGCAAGUGCUUCCAACCCUUUUUGUUGCCUAAAGAUCUGAAGGGUAGGCCAGAGGAACUUAAAAAGAAGUUGCUGGUAGACUUCGAUCCAUCGAGGUGCUUUAUCAGAGAUUUAGAGAAAGAGUUCUCCACCACAUUCCAGUUAUGGCAUGAUUCUCUAGGAGGUGACGCCAUCGGCCUAACAUGGGGGAAAUCAUGUUCUUCCAAGAAGCGGAAGCAAGAGGAAGUUGUUGAGGAAGGAUAUGACCCUCGCAAGGUGCUAAAAGCCGUUGGUGAAGUCGGAAAAGGGUUUGUGAGGAGUAUAUAUUUUCUCAAGCCACCAAGGGUCACAAACUAACGUAGCUUCUGUUACUUAUCUGUAAAUGGCAAAAUUUUGACUCUAGUCAAUUUGAUUAAUUAGAAAAGUUUUGUGAGGAAGAUUAAUUAAAAAGGUAACUUUAAUUAACGCGGAGAACACAGUUGAGAGCACAAAAGUUUUGUAGAAUGGUCAUGUAUUCCCACCUCCAUAGGCCGACAGCCCAAAAAGAAUUACAUAUUCUUAUUGUAAAGCUGAUAGUGUUGCAUAAAUUGUACGUUAUUUUUCACGAGUUUUUCAGAUUCUAAUUGAGAUAAAUUGAGUA